GUUCUGCUUUGCCACAAAAACAAGAAAGGAAAACUGACCAGUGAACUUUGUUAUAGAUUGUGUAUGUCAUCGGUACAAGACAAAACGCCUGACGUCUGAAGCAUUGUAAAGGGGAUCACAACUUAAUAUUCUAUCCAUCAGUACUUUUCUUUGUGCCUGGCUAUUUAACGUGAUGCAUCAUGCUAGAGGGUUUAGUUGCCUGGGUACUCAAUACUUACUUAGGCAAGUAUGUUGAAAACCUAAACACCCAUCAGCUCAGCAUAGCCCUUCUACAAGGGGAAGUGGAACUUGAAAACCUACCUUUAAGGAAAGAUGCAUUGCGUCACUUUGGCUUGCCCAUCCAAGUUCGUGCUGGAUUCAUUGGGAAAAUCAAGCUUCAAAUUCCAGUGAGAGCAAUUCGCAGUGCCCCAUGGGUUAUAUUGAUUGAACAGCUCUACCUUGUGGCUGGCCCAGUUCGGCUCAAUGAGUGGGAUGAAGAUGCUGAAGAACAAGCAGCUCAAGAAUACAAACUCAACUUUUUGGACUAUCUUGAAGCACAAUGGAGAGCAGAAUUUGACAACCAGGGGUCAAGUUAUUAUGCCUCUAGCUACUCCUCCUGGCUGAGUUAUGGAACAAGCGUGGUCACUAAUGUUGUUGAAAAUUUACAGCUCAAAAUUACAGAUGUUCACAUUAGAUAUGAGGAUGAUGUCACUGUACCUAAUGAGGCAUUUGCCUUUGGCAUUACCAUGGAUACUUUGUCUGCACAAAGUUGUGAUGAUACAUGGCAGCCACGUUACCUAUCUGGGGACUCGGGCCAAAACAGCUUCAAACUGCUGGAGCUCAGUGCUCUGGGAGUGUAUUGGGACAGGGUUGAUUCCAGUAGUCUUCUUGGAGAUCUUUCUCUUGGGGAGCUUGCAGUGGCUUUAUCACAAGUUGGAGUGAAAUGUAAAACUCACAAGUUUUUGCUGUCUCCUGUUAGUGCUCAGGCUCAUGUUAAAAGAAAUCGCUCUGAGCUUCCUUUAAGAUCUCACUUGGAACCUAGAAUUGUCUGUGAUCUGCAUCUUGGAGAAGUCCCUUUGUCAUUAUAUGAUUGGCAGUAUGGGCAAAUGGUUGGCUGUCUUAAAGGCCUUCAAGGUAUUGAAAGAAUUCAAAGGUUUCGAAAGUAUCGGCCUGAUUGUUCAGUCAAAGAUAACCCAAGGGCUUGGUGGAUUUAUUUUGCUCGUUGUUACAUCCCUCGAUUGAAACAAGAGAAUGCUCAUACUUGGGAAGACGUGUUAAAAUUAGCCCGGGAUAAUGUAAAAUAUGUUUCUACCUAUGAGCAACUCCUAUCAAAUCCUACAAUUACUCUACCAGCACAGUCAAAAGAGAUGAAAGAUGCAAUGGAGCAUACUCGAUCACUAGAGGAUUUACGUGUUCUUAGAGAGGUUGCCAUGCGACAUGUGCGGCCUUUGACAUCUCCUUCUGAAAGGGCAUCAACAUCAGGAAAUGAAGCAUCAGGUGCUUCAGCUGGAAGGGGAAUUUUACUUCAGUGGUUCCCAACAUGGUGGGGUUGGUCUGAUAGUGAUGGAGCUAGUGGGACUAUACCUUCUGCUGAUGUUUCAGAAAACAGUGUGGAACAACAAAUUGAAGGCCAACUUUUAGAUGCUCUUGCAGAUACAGUGGAUAAUAAUUCACUUCUGCGUAGAGAUGUUGUGUUUUGCCAGUUAAACUUUACUCUGAAAGAAGGAACAUUCCAUCUCUGUUCAUCAGAGAGUGAUGUUCACUCUGAGCAUCAAGUCCCUGAAGAAUCAAAGAAAUCAGUUCUCGAGUUACAGUUUGAAAAUGUUCAGCUCAAUUUGGAAUCUAGACCUCGAACAGGCUCCCAACGCGUCAGUGUAUCUCUUGGGGCUCUGUACGUAUGGGAUAGAUUAACCAAAGAUACAGUUUUUCCAGUGCUUGUAGCCCCACAAGGCCAUGAUUCUGCACCAAGUGCACUUACUAGCCGGGGGCCACGAGCGUUCCCACCGGGGCUUCAGCGCCUCCGAAACCAGGCCAGUUCUAUUGGUGCCACAUCUACUCCGAAUCCUAUUAGACGCACAUCUCAAAUUGAAGAAUCACUAUUCGAAUUAGUCUAUGAGCACAAACCUUUUCAUAGCAACUCCGACUACAGGCUGCAUAUUCGUUCCCAAUCUUUGGAUGUGGUAUACAAUCCAGCGGCUGUAGAGUGGUUGACAAAUUUUUUCACUCAACCUUAUCAACAGCUUGAUUAUGCUUUGCGUCAAGCAGCACGCCAUGGCUACCAAGAAAUGAAGCGGCGCACUCGCAAGGAGCUAAUGAGGAAUUGGGAGGAACUUUUAGAAGGUCAUUUGAGUAACCGUAAGACAUGGGAACUAGAACUUAAUAUAUCAGCUCCUCAAAUAAUCCUUGUGGAACAUUUCUGUGAUAAGAAUGCAGUCAUUGCAGUCGUGGAUUUUGGAAGAUUCCAUUUGAGUACUCAAGAUAACCAUAGGCUAGAAACACAUGCACCUCCUCCCCUUAUUACAACAACAAGAGAUAGUGAUGAUGAAGAUGAUGCUUUUCAGACUCCAUGUUCAACUCCUCCAGGAAGUGCUGCUAGUGACUCAGAAAGUGAUGUGGAUGAAAUUAUUGAGGAAACUUUGAAUUCGCAACUAUCUGGGGAACAAACUAAAGAGGCACUUAAUGAAUGGUCAUUACAUCAUAGGCUGUAUGAUCGGUAUACUGUUGAAUUUGGUGAUUUACAAAUCCUUGUGGGAAAAGUAAAAGAUAACUGGAAAUAUGCCCAUCUCAAAGGCACGUCCACAUUGCAUGUGUUGGACAGAUUUAACAUUUCCCUUCAGAUUGAAAGGAGAGUUGUCUUUACUCGAGACCCUCAAUUUCCUAGUUUAACUGUUAGCGGAAACCUUCCAAAACUGGUAGUGCACAUUAAUGAAACGAAAAUAGAGGCAUUACGGACAAUGGUGGAUAUUAUCAGUGGCCCUGGUCUUCCAUCACCUUUCAGAUCUCAAGAACCUCAAAUGCCAAAGGACAGUGCAGAUGAGGAUGCAAAUGAAGAAGAAAAUAUGGCUGAAGAAAAGGAAAGGAAGAAUGAAAAACUUAUGUCUCGUUUGGUUAUGCUACAAUUUUCUGUUGAUCAGAUGGCUUUAGAAGUUCAAUCAAGAGGUAGAUCUGUGGCAGAAUUGCAAGUAUCAGGUGUAAGAGCUGGCUUCACCAAGAGACCAUUUGACACCUCACUUUCCCUCAGUGUCCAUAGUCUUCUACUUGUUGAUGCAUUGCAGACUUUUGGACCAGAUUUUGAACUAUUGGUCGCCAGUCACAAACAUGUUGGAAUGGACAGUGUCAGUGGAAGUUUACGUGACAGUGAGCCUACCUCUCCAACAUCUCCUGGAUCACCAUCUCCAGAUGUUCAAAGUCCAAGGUCAACAAAACUUACAACUCCUUUGGCACUUUCUCAGGCUCUCUCAAGCCUUCAAUAUGAGUCAUCAGGACCACGAGCUGUGUCUCCUUCGUGGUCUGUUCCCUCUCCACCACCAACAAUUACAUCUCCUCAAUUCAUACCUGGUGGACUUUCUGCCCGAGCAUCUUAUGUUGGGUUGGAUACAUUUGAUCAUGAGGCCCUUAUUACUAUUGAAAUUAUACUUGUUAGUCCAGACUGUCCCACAAACAAUGAACCUGACGAUUCUACAUCAAAGGAAGCUCUUCAAAUUGUAUCAGUGCAAUUUAAUAACUUGGAUAUCAUUGCAAAUCAAGAAACAAUUGUUGAGUUGAUAGGCUUCUCAAGACGUGUCUUCCCUCAGUUGAAGCAAGGAAAACGUUACACUGGGACUCAUGUGCCGCGAUCUUCUUCUCCAAGUGGACGAUCUUCUUCCCAUAAUCAUGCUGAUAAUUCUCACAGUCCAAGUCCAAGUGCUUCAGCACAAAUACCUCAUGGGCAUCUCUCAGUAGACAGUGCACCUGUCACAACAGCCCGAACUGAACUUACUUUUGAUUUUCAUCGUCUCAAUGUUCUUCUUCUUCGAGCUGUUUUGAAAGACAAUGUUCAUACUGGGAGAAAGAUUGCUACUGCUACUAUGUCAGAAGCCAAAAUUCAUGCCACGAUAGGUCAACAGCUGGUAGUUGGUGGAUCUUUAGGGGGGUUACAAGUACUUGACUUGACUCCUGAAGGUCAGAAGCAUCAGAGAAUCUUAAGUCUUGGUAAAGAUCCUUUAGUUUCGGAAAGGGCACCAGAUGUUACUUCUUGCUUUGGAGCAGAUUUGUAUUCCAUGGGACAACCUUCUGCAUCUACAUGUCCUGAGGAGAAACAAGUGCAAGCUUUUAGCUUUUCUGUUAGCCGCUCUUUGGGAGGUAUUGCAGCCUCAGUUGGAGUUUCUACAACAGCAAACCAACCAGAUUCUGAGUCAGUUGAUAUCAAAAUACGCAUGGCUUCGGUUCUUUAUACACAUUCACCUUGUCUUGUCAAUGAAUUAGGUUCUUGUGCCUCUGAAUUUAAACAGUACCUUAGCAAUUUAGCUCGCUCAAUAAGGUCUGCAGCCACAGAAAUGGCAUUAGGUCUAGUCCAUGCAAGAGCUGAGGCCCUUGCACAAAGUUUAUACAUGAGCAGCCGCCUUUCUGCUUCGUUUUAUGGUGGCUCAGGAUCAGAACUCUCUUCUCCCAAGAGGAGGAGAAGAAGUGUAUCUCGCUCCUCUGAAGUGUAUGAAUCUAUGCCAAACACUGCCAAUCCUUCAGUUUGCAACACUAUGGGAAACGUCACACCUACUAGCCCUGGUGAAGGAGAGGAUGAUAGUCAAUCUUUAUCGACAGAGCUGAGAUUGGAUGUAGUUUUAGAUACACCAGUUGUUGUUAUGCCUCGUUCUUCAAUUAGUUCUGAAGUAUUGGUAGCCCACUUAGGUAAAAUUUCCAUCAGUAACAUUCAGGACAGCAAUGAAUUAGGUGUUCAAGACAGCCAAGAACAUUUGUGGGGAGCUGGACAGUCUAAGGAGUGUUACAGUAUUGAAAUUCGUGACAUGAAUUUAUUUUCUCUUGACACAAUGAAAACUUUGGAUGUUGCUAAAAAGCUAGGAGGAUUUUCUACUCAUGGACAUGUGGAUAGCUUAUUCCGUGCAGAACAACUUUAUGCUUGUACUGAGGCAGGUGUACCCAUACUACAUGAUACAGUAAUAAAAUUGGAUGUGGAACGUGUAAUGGGCUGUGGUAUUAUGCAAAAAGCAGAUAGUUUAUCAUCACUACUGUUGGAUGAUAACACCGCUGAUUUCCAUGAGUAUCAGUCACAAGAUAGUAUCCAGAUUUCUGGGAGUGUUAUCACACCACUCAAGGUAUCACUGUCACGUCAACAAUAUGAGCAAGUUUUGGAUACAGUGAAUAGCUUGUUGACUGGAACUGCACCAACCAGUAGGCCUUCCUUCUCCUCCCCAAACUCUCAACCAAUGCUAGGGCAAAGCCCAUCCGCUGCUACACAUCGUGCUCCUUUAGGGGACAUAGCUGAGGAGGAAUCAGAGCUACAUACAGGAGUGUCAACUCUUAGCAUGGAUUCAACUCUACGAGCUAGAAUGCUUAACCAAGGCACUCCAGCUGUUGAAUUUCACAGAGCUGCUCCUCCUCAUCGAAUAACUGUUAAAGUUUUGUUUGAACUCCCUAUAUUCACACUGGAAUUAAAGGGUGACCUUGGCAAUGGUGAUCAAAGUCUAGUGGAUUUGUCCUGCAGUGAUUUUAAGCUGCAAUUUGAACGCCAGCGACCCUAUGAAACUGUCAUAGAGAUGUCCUUACGCUCAUUAUUGAUGGAGGAUCUUCUUCAACCCCCUGAUUCAAAGCAUCGGUUUCUUUUAGUAUCUUCAAAUGGAUCUGAAACAGGCCGUAAUCAGUACUGUGAUGUGCCUGCUUUUGUUUCAAAAUCCUGCCCAAAUUUGAGUGGAAACUUCAACAGUGCCAACACAUUUGUGCAUGACAAUCUUCACUUCAAACGUCAUCACCAUCAUGGAUCACUGCCAGAUCAUUUAGAAAAUGAGUCUGCCUUUGGUUCCUCUAAAUCAAAAGUCACACAGCGACAAAGAAAAGCAGCCCCUUCAGUCACCGGAGACUAUCCUAGCACCCCGCCUCCAUCACCACAGCAUCAUAGCAGUGGGAGACUGAUGAGAGAUGACACUCUUGUCCGCAUUAAUAUUGUACUUGUUGACCGUAAUGCGCCAAAGCUAACAUCGCUAUUCAACAAUAUUCAUCGGAGUAUUAAUGUUGAUUUUAACACACUCGAUAUUAUUGUUAAUGUUGAAUCAUGGGUUGUCAUACUUGACUUCUUUGGAUUUGGUCCUUCCAAACGAACUGCUCAGCCAAAGGAACAAGUGCCCAAAAGCUCUGGUGUGACUGAUUCUGUUGAGUGUAUACAGACAGAUAACAUAAAGUUAGAGCUAGAGAUUUGGUCUCUAACUCUUGUUUUAAAUAGACCAGAGUAUGAAGUGGCUCGAGCUAAUGUGUCGCAGCUCUCAGCUGAAAUAUUAAACCGCAAUGGUGAUCUUUCAUUGGAUGGACGCCUUGGAAAAAUGAGUCUGAUGGAUGCUACACCUCAUUCUGCUUUCUAUCGAGAGCGUUUUAUCUCAUCUGGCUCAGAGGCUCUUAAUGUACACUAUUUCAGGUAUGGGGCUCCAGACCCUACAAUGAAGAGAGAACAUGAUUCUCAGCUCCGCAUUGAGAUGUCAUCAGUCCUCUAUGUGCAUACACAACGUUUUGUUGCAGAGAUAAAUGCAUUUUUCCGCCACUUUUCACAGCUUCAGAAUGUUCUUAGUAAUAUCCGUUCAGCUAGUCAGGUACCCGAAGAAGUUGUUAGGAGAAGCCGUAGACUUCUUGUUGUCACAGCAGGCUCUCCAGUACUGUUGCUACCAUUGAGUUCACACUCAACUGAAAUACUUGUAGCAGACCUUGGUAAAUUAAGUAUCAACAAUAAAUUUAUGACUGCUGCUUCUGAUGGAACCAUAAGCAAAGUCUGUUCCGAACCUGAGGACCCAAAUGAUUGGCCUUUACUUGAUGUGAUGCAAAUUGAUUUAGUGAACAUGGAUCUUUAUGCUGGCGAACGCUUGUGUGCUUAUGAUAAUUUAAGAGAGUCUUCCUCUCUCCGUCUCGGAAGUUUCAUUGUUGCUAAAAGAGGACCUUCACUUCUCCGUGAAAAAUGCCAGCUGAAAUUACAACUAGAAAGCAACCUUGAUUCCACAUUUUCCCAUUUUGUUCCUGACAUGAGUGUGCGAGGGACAUUGUCAAGGUUGAGUGCUGCUGUAGAUCUAUCCCAAUACCGACUGAUUCGUGGCCUACUUUCCUACAAUAUUGGGGAGUGCUUGGAUGAUGUUAUUGCCAGUUCAACCGACACCAGCUUUAAUACAUCUGCACAAUCUGCUUUGAAUGCACCAGUGACUGAUAACAUCUGGAUGUUGAUGUCUAUUCAUUUAGAUCUUGUGGAUGUUACCUUAAAGCUACAAUUAAAUCAUGGACCAGAACCUUGGUGCGACCUUUCUCCAGGUCAAACUCACAUUCCAAGUCAAGGUGAAGGAGAAUCCUCACUUGCUUGUAUCAAUUUUAUUAAAUCGAAGCUCACUGUUGAAACAUACAGUGAUCGAUCUCAAGAUAUUGACUUAGUGUCCCAAGAAAUUCUCAUCACUGAUACAAGAUUUCAAGAUGAACCAGUCAAUAAGCGCUCAAAUGUCUUUACUAAUAUUCUUCAGCCGAUCAACAUGAAUUUUUCGAAGGACAUGGUUCAAGCUGAAAUCCACCAUAGAAAACGUAGAGACUACUCAAAGUUUACAGUUCUACUCAAUAGCAUGCGGUUAAUGGCUAUUCUAGACUGGUGGGAAGUUGUGAAAGAUUUUAUAUCAGAAAACGCCGGAAAUCCUUUCAACGAAGUUGUAAAAGUGAACUUGAGCAGCUCUCAACCAGCACAGACUGAUGAGAGGGAUGAGGUAACAACUGUGCCAUAUGAACUCAAGUUGAACAUAACAGCCUCUGAAGUUGUGGUUGUGGAAGAUACUUCUCAGUGGGAUGCAAAUGCAGUCAUACUGAAAAGUACAACUGUUGUCUCCUUUAAACCAGGCCAGGAAAGUGAGCCCCUCUCCCUAAACAUUAACCAUUGUGAGGUAUUUUCUUGUGUGCUUGGUAUGGAGGAUGAAACUGCUUUGUCAAUCAUUGAUCCAGUUACCAUCAAUAUGGAUCUGAAAAGACAGUCAUUAUCAGAUACUGAAGAAGGGAAUCAAGAGCAAGUUCUUGUUAUUCAAACAACCCAGCAGUUAAAUGUUAGGCUUUCGUACCAUGAUGUCCGAAUGUUCAUGCAAAUGAUAUCAUCACUCAAGCAACAGACAAUGUCAGCAAGAAAUCAAGAGUUACAAAAACAUUGUCAGCCAGCAAAUUUUACUAGUCAAGUACACAAGUUAUCUGUCCUUGGCUUUGAAACAGAUGAUUGUGCCCAAGCAUUAGAUAAAUGUGAUGGAAAGCUUGAUGAUGCAGCCUUAUGGCUAACACAACAUGCUGUUAAUCGCCCUCAUCUCAAUGUCUCAGAACAACCCUCUGUAUUAUCAUUCCAGCUUAUUCAAAUCAACAUAAAAUGUCUUAGUAUUUGUGUGAUUGAUGACUGUAGGGAUGCUGAUGUUCCUCUCCUAGAGCUUUCAUUGUCAUCUCUAAAUAUAGAGCAGAAUUAUGGAAAUCUUGGUAGCUUUAAGGUUGAAGGUGUACUAGGUGGAGAUUACUAUAAUCGAGUGUUAUCUGGUUGGGAACCAUUCUUAGAAUCCUGGUCCUUUAAAAUGCUUUGGGAUCGAACAAAAGUCAGUGACGGAAAUGAGCAUACUGGAAUAACCAUAAAAUCUGAUGAUAUUCUAAAUUUGAAUAUUACCAGCACUGCAGUUGAGCUGUACAAGGCAGUUAAGGAAAACUGGACUGAAGACUACUACUGCACAAACAACAGUCGUCUCACAGGAAGCCCAGCAGGGCACCGCCGCCGUGCUCCAUUUGUACCUUUUGCUCUCCGUAAUGAUACUGGAUCAAGAGUAUUUUUCACUACAUGUGUCACAUCAGCUGAUAGAGUUUUAGAACCUAAUUCUGAAGAACAUAAUUUGAGGUGGACGUCAGUAGCCCCAGGAGCAACAGUACCAUUUGCAUUUGAGGAGAGAGGAAAGCUUCGUCAUCAGAACUCACACAAAUAUAAAAUUCAUCAGUUGUGUGUUUGUGUUGAGGGUUGGCGUCCAAUAAAUCCAAUUUCAGUGGAUAAAGUUGGCAUAUAUUUCCGACCAGCUGUGCCAGAGUCUCAAAGAUCACAUAUGGAUCUUCCUCUAGCAAGAGUUGUGUUGGAGGUAACACUAGAGGGUUCAGCACAGAAAUUGGUCACAGUGCGCUCAGCUCUUCUUUUGAAGAAUCAACUUCAAGACCCAGUGGAACUACGUCUUGAGAACACACUACAUUCUCAAGGAAGUGCUUGGGCUGGAGUCAAAACAAUCCAAAUUGCUCCACAGUCCGUGAUGCCAGUACCCUUGACCCAUGCUUUAGCACAGUUGUGGAUCCGGCCAGUUACUGGUAGUUACCAUGCUUUUAGUAUGCAUCCUAUCUCAUGGGCUUCUGUCACUAAACCUGGAGAUACUAUGGAAGAAACCCAUACUUGUCAAACUACUCGUGGAAAUAGUUACAAAUUUUGUGCUGCUGUUAUGCGGGAGAAUUACCCUGUCGAACGCACUGGCCUCUGGGUUCAGCCUGCUCACACUAUCACUCUUUUGUGUUGUGUCACAAUAGUCAACUUGUUACCAUAUGAUUUACACUAUGCUGUCCAUUCCAAAACUUUAACCUCCUCUAGAGUCAGUGGUGUUAUUAAACCUGGUGGUCAAGAUCCGGUUCGCGAAGUUGACAUUGAUGGCUCUAUUGAGUUUUCAUUUCACCUUGACAAUUUCCCUGGUGCUGGAACCCUUGCCCUUCCUCCGCGGCCCAGUAACAGCUUUACACAACGUCUCCGACUGCAUGACCUUUCAUCUCGCCGCCUUUUCUUGCAGUCAAGUGUUAAUGUGAGCAAAGGAUCUGCCAUGAAGGUUGUUGUGUGGGCCCCUUACUGGAUCGUCAACAAAACUGGACUGCCACUCGUGUUUCGUCAAGAGGGUGUUCCGGAAGAGACAGCUGGACAAUUUGCUGAACAUGAAGUAGCUCGUAUGGUUGCCCCACUGCUAUUCUCUUACUCUGACCAUGACGCAAGUCCAACUGUUGUUGCCCGUGUUGGAAGUGGUGUUCACUCUGAGGGUGUUCCCCAAUGGUGCGACCACUUCCACCUACAUCCUGGCAUCCAAUUCUGCCGACUGAUGGUAUCUUUUAGAGAAAGUCGACCUGAUGUCAUUUACUUGAUGGGAGUUGAAGUGAAAACUGGUCGUGGGCGAUAUCGCCACACAAAUAUUGUUACACUUUCACCAUAUUACCAGCUUUUUAAUCGCUCAAGUUAUAAACUCCAGUUUGCUCAAAAAUAUUUUGCAACUACAUUAAGUGACCCUGGAGCUCAAGCCACUUAUCUCACAGCAGUCCCUAAUUGCUGUUUACCAUUCCACUGGCCAAGACAGGAAAAAGAACAGCUGCUUUGUGUGCGCUUAGUUGGGGUGCAAAAUUGUUUGUGGUCUGGAGGAUUUCGUAUUAAUGUGACAGACUCCUUACAUAUCAACAUACGGGACCAUGACGGACGAAUGUACUUCCUGCGGUUGGAGAUAGUUCUUCAAGGUGCAACUUACUUUGUGGUGUUUUCGGAUGCCAACACCAUGCCACCACCUAUUCGAGUGGAUAACUAUUCUGAAGUACCACUACUGUUCUUCCAGAGUUGUUUUCACACAGAAAGUCUACACUCAUCCAUUCGUCCCCAUCUCUCAAUGCCUUAUGCAUGGGAUGAGCCUAUUCAAGCUCCAAGUAUCACCUUAGUUGCUCCAGGAGGUGCUACUGCAUCCUAUGAUAUGAAUGUGCUGGGUCGAGGAAGAGACCUCACUUAUGAAAACUUCAUUUACAUCGCUUUUACAGGAACCUUUAAGAAUGUCCCUGACGGUCCAUUCGAUCCGCCGGAUGUGGAGAGCCAACAGCUGGUCCUGGACGUACCCCUGGGAGGGACGAGGGUGGUGUUGGCCCGCAAGGAGCAAGGAGCUCGAUCCCAACUGUGGCGCAUGACGGGGGAAGGCCAGCUGCAACAUGAGGGCAGCUCGCCUCCGCGCGACCACCACCGCGGCAGUUCGUCGUCGGGCUCUCACUCCGACAACAUUCUGGUGCUCGACAUAGCUGGCCCAGCUCCGCAGCCAUCGCAAUAUGUUGGCCUCACGCUGCGCCGCGUGGAUAACCGUCGGAAGUCGACUCAGACCUGGCGGUUCACAGAGGACGGGCGGCUGUGUUGUGCUCAUAAUAACAUGUGCGUCCAGGCAAAAGAUGGCUUCUUUGGGCUCCAUAAGGGCCCAUCUGGUGCAUCUGGGGCUCGCUGGCAGCAGUGGUGUGAGGCAGUUCUUGGGCCUCCACAACCUAUUACCCAUCGUGUGACAGAGGAGGGAGUACCUCUAGAGCAAGCUGUAAGCCGUCAAAGGUUAAGGCCUGGAUCAGGGUUUCUAGCUGUGAACGUUCUCACAGAUGGACCCACUAGAGUCCUGGAAAUAGUUGAUAUAAAACAAAAGCAAAAGUUUGCUUUACUUGAAGAAAGAGAUUGGGCACACAUUUCGGCUACACAAAGACCAUCCCUAAUCCAUAAUGAAUCUGGUCAAUCAUCUCCGAAUGAACGAGCUCUUAUGAAUAUAUGCCUAUUCUUGGAUAGAGGAUUAGGUGUGUCAAUUGUCUCUCGCCAACCUCCAGAAGAACUUGUCUUUAUUCGUCUUGUGGGAAUUGCCAUGGAGCUUCAAAAGGGUUCAGCUUCUCAAAAAUUGUCACUCUGUGUGGAAGACAUUCAAGUUGAUAAUCAGCUUUAUAAUUCUACCUGCCCAGUUCUUCUCUAUGUCAAUCCUGUAAAGAAAGAUGGAUCUCUAGAACCAUGUCAACCAGCCAUUGUGAUUGAAGCAGAGAGAGUCACUAGUCCUAACAUCAAUGCUGAAAUAUUCAAGUACUUGACUAUCCAGAUCACACGCCUUUCUUUGAGUAUUGAGGAGUCUUUGUUAUUGAAGUUGGUGAUUUGGACUGGCUACAAGCAAACCAUUCCAGCUCAGGAGGAUGUUGGUGAGAGUGAGUUUGAAACCCAGAGAAUUUUAAGUGAAGCUACCUCUAUACAUGCUAAAAGAUACUACUUUGGUUUCCUGCAAAUACUGCCAAGCGAGUUCCGACUCAGUGUUUUUACCAGUAACAAACUCCCUCCAGAGUUGCAUGCCGUGAAGCGAAAGCUAGGCUUGCGGCUCAUCAAAUUUGAGGAUGCAGGAGUCGAUUUGGGAGGUUUUGUCAAGCAACAUCCGUUUGAGACUAGCCAGUUUCUAUUUGCAUCCAUUAUCAAGCAUUACCAACAAAUGUUAAAGUGGAGAGCUCACAAUAUCCUAGGAUCUAGUGAUUUCUUGGGAAAUCCUGCAGCCCUUGCUUCAGAUGUUUCAGAGGGAAUUUCAGGCCUUAUUUCUCAUGGAAGUGUAUCCACUCUGGUUAAAAACGUGACCCAUGGCCUCACCAAUUCAACUGCAAAAUUCACCGAGUCCCUUGGUGAUGGUUUAGGUCAUGUUAUGAUGGAUGAGCAACAUGAUGAGGCUAGGAGGAGAAUACGAGGUGGCAAUACCUUUAUGGAACACAUCACAUCUGGACUAAAAGGCUUUGGAUUUGGUGUUCUCGGUGGAAUCACAAGUGUCGUAAAACAGCCCUGGGAUGGAGCAGUAAAUGAAGGAGUACCAGGCUUUGUAGCAGGGUUUGGAAAAGGGUUAGUGGGCACAGUAACUAAGCCAGUUAUUGGAAUUCUUGAUUUUGCAUCUGAGGGAGCAAGUGCCUUUAGAGAUUUGUGUAGGGACUCUAGUAGGUUGACCCCUACGCGUUUCCGAGCACCUCGGUGCGUGGUUGGACCAGGUGGUCUACUCCCACCUUACUCGGCUAAACAGAGUGAAGGCCAGGAGUAUCUGUAUUCUAUAAAUGAACAAAACUAUUCUGAAGUAUUGAUGGCAUAUGAAGUUUUACUUAGUGGAACAGAAGACCUAAGAAUCCUUGUCUCAAGUGAAAAAGUCAGAGUGUUUUCCUGUUCUGGGUCCCAAUCUGGAAGUCAACUCAAUGCAACUGUUGUUUUGCAAGCACAUUUGAGUGAACUAAAAGAAUGCCAACCUGUAGCAAAGCAAGAAGGCUCAAACACUUUGCAUUUCAUUAAAUUGAAAAUUAGAGCUGAUAAUGUCACAAUUGCAAGUGGGAAUUAUACUGGCGAACCUGGUUUCAAGGGUCCAUUGGUUCGCUGCAGUUCUGAGAAAGUAGCUUUAUGGGUAUCUCAGCAAGUAAUGUAUGCUAAGGAAAUGUUUGAUGAACGCCGCUACACACUCUUUAAAAGUUCUUCAAAUUUUAAUGAUGAUUAGUUUAAUUCAUUUGUCAAAUUUCCUAGAUUUUAUAUAGAUCACGUCUUUUUUAUUAUAUAGAUCAUUCAAACUCCGAACGUAGAAUGAAAAGAAAAAAGGAAUAGCUGGUCUGUUGAUGCACAAAUAUUUUUAUUUUGUACAUAAACUUUAUUUUCUUUUGAACUUCCUAUAUUAAAAUUAGAUGAGAGUAGCUUAAGGCAUAAAUGAAACUAUUAAAAUCUGGUAUGUAUUCAUUAGUCUGUCAUCCCUGUAGGAUUAUUUAGAUAUCUAAUCUUUACCGAUGUAAUAAAAAGGGGGGAUUUUAUAGUCUCAACUUAUCAAGGCACUAAAUUACCUUAGAAUCGUAGGAUACUUUUGUUGGCAGCAAUUAGGUUCAUCUUGUCACCAUUCUCAGUAGAUUUACCAAUCAUCUUUAUGUUAUAUGUGCUGACUGAUAAAGUAAGGCAUGUGAACUGAUAUUUUAAAUAACAAUGUUAUUAACAGUAACAUUAUGUGCACCAAGGGUUAAGGUAUCAAUUGUAUCUAUGAACAAUAUUUUAUUUUGUGUCUAUUGUAUAUAGUAUGUAGUUAACUAGGUACUUUUUCUGUAGUACUUUAGUACUUUAUGUAUGUUUUCAUUUAUUGAUUUACUCUGUAUUGCUUUUGUGAAGAAGAAAUUGAAUUGUAAUGCUGCAGACAUACUAAAACAUUAGGGGAAAAAUUGCUGCUCCUAACAUGUUGAUAGGUGAGUGCACAGAGCUGUGAAGGUAUCAAAGUAGCGCAGAACAAUUUGGUUGUUGGCCUUGUGAAACGAAACCAAAGCUUUGUUUUAUCUACAGUCAGAAAUGGGUAAAGUUAAUGCUGCAGGUUCAGCAUAUGUCUAUUUUUAUCCUUAUUUAUUCUUGUUGUACUGAUGGUAUCCGGCUAGAUAUGUCUGGGUGAAAGUAAUGUGGUUUAUUAUGUUGUGAGAAAUGAUCAAUAUUAUAUUAGUGCAAAAGAAAAUUCAAAUCCCAUGAAUAAUUCAGCUUAAGAUUGGCAUCUACUUUGGUUCAAAUUCUUUUCAAAACUAAAUAACAUCUAUCUUCGCUUUUACUUAUAUGAUGACUAAAAACCCAUAAUAAUUUGAAAUUUGGGCCAAAGAAGACAAUAUUCUGAUGUUUGUAUGUGAUAGAAUGUUUCUGUUUAGUUUUGUUAUUGUUCUCUAUUUUCUUUGUUAAUGCUGAUAGAAGAGUCGGAAUGCGUAUUGUUGAUGUCGUGUUAUUUUCUUGUGUUUUUUUGCCUCUUUUUUGUUGUUGUUGAGAUGGCAGAAAAUUCAAGUGGCAAUUACUGUAUAUUGCUGUUUCUAAUCAAUGUAAUAAUUUCGCGAAAUGGUGCGGCGGUCCGUAUCAAUCACUCAGCAGACAUGAUCAUUGCAGUUCUCGGAUCAUACUUUCUAUUCAAUAUUUUGCCAUUAUGUUCUGCAAAGAAAAUAUUGGUUGUGAUACUAAAAUAGUUAUUUAACCCAUUGGCUAGGUAUGAAUAGUUUAAUAAACGCCUUUAUAUUUUUAA